GAAACCGAAGAGGAGGAAUCAGAGAAAGGACUCAUUCAUCAAUCCCCUCAUCAUAGGAUGCAUCCACCCACACAAUCUUCUGCAGAACUAUGAUGAUUUGUUGUGUUCGGAAAAAAGCUUCAGCAAGCCUUCUCAUUCUUUCUGCUGUUAAUGGACUGCUCCUGAAAUGGAGAAGGCAACAGGCAGUGUGCCUUUCAUGACGGUUCAGAACAUGAGACAUGUGAACAUCAUUCAAUAUAGUGAUGCUUUCUGAGCCCACACGGCCACGUCGCUGCUUGUGAACUCACUCAAGACUGGACACAGCUCGGUGGACACCCAUUUGUGUUACAGGGCAGCAUGCUAUGAACAGAUUUGGGACCUGUUUUUGAUUCUCCAUCAGCUGAAAAAUGAGAUGGACAUUCAAAGGGAAUGUUUGAAAGAAGACCCUAGCUCAGAUGUGUCAUAGUGUGACAUUUGGUGGGAGUACUGGCUUCCAAGUUCAACUUGGACUGAAUGCAUGUCCUAAAGCAGAAGAACGUAUGGCAGUCUCGCUCGAAUAUAAUGGCACCUUCAGAAUUUGGAUGAAGAUGUAGUGCUAUUGGAGUUGGUGUCAUCACCGAAGUGAAUAUGGCUAUGAUCACACAGAAGAUUGUUCAAGCUCUUCAUUUUUCUCUAAGGAAUGUGUUUUUGUAUGUAUACCUGUGGUAUCCUCAUCCACGAUGACCACUAAUACUAAACUUGCUCUCUAUUCUACUUUCUAGGUCACAUAGCACAGAGAUGUGAAUGUUAAACAAUGUGUUUUGCCAUGUUUUAUGCUUGUUAAAUCCCUCAGAUGUAACGGAUACUGAUGAUGGUACUCGUGAAAAUUCUAAAACCUUCUCCUGUGAAGAUGGCCUUGCAGAGCCUGAGGCUGAUGUGGAGCCCGAUCUUGAGGCAGAGGUGGAAACAGAGCCUGAACCAGAGCCUGAGCCUGAACCCGAGGCUGAAGCAGAGGUUGAGGCGGAGAGAGAAGCCGACCCCGAAUUCUCAGCAUUGGAGGCCAUGGAAAGCGAACCUGGCCCUGAGACUGUGAAAGAAGUUGAGGAUGACAAUAUAUCCGUCACCAUCCAGGCCGAAGAUGCAAUCACAUUGGAUGUGGAUGGCGACGACCUCCUGGAGACAGGUAAACAUGUGAAACUUCCAGAUUCUGAGGCAGAAAAGGGCUCCGAAGAAGCUGAGGUCUCUGCUGAGAUGGGGCAGGGCACAGAUUCGCUGGCUGAAGAGAUAGAUGACCACAAAGAUGGUAAGAGAGAUGAUGGGCUGAAGUCUGAUGCCGCUAAGAAGGACAACAGAGAAACCUCGAAGAAAGGAGAAACAGGAGAGAAGGAAAAGGAUUCUGGGAAGAAAGGCCCCUCUUCAACUGGGGCAACAGGUCAAGCAAAGAGCUCUUCAAAGGACAGGGAUGGAAAAGCCACGAAAGAUGAAAAGGGAGGCAGCAGCACCAGCUCUUCUCGCAAUCUAUGGGUGAGUGGUCUGUCUUCAAACACCAAAGCAGCUGAUCUGAAGAACCUCUUUGGCAAAUACGGAAGGGUUUUUAGUGCCAAAGUUGUCACCAACGCUCGUAGCCCAGGAGCCAAGUGUUAUGGUUUAGUCACCAUGUCAUCCAGCGCGGAAGUGACCAGGUGCAUCUCUCACCUCGACCGCACAGAACUCCACGGACAGCAAAUAUCUGUGGACAGGGUGAAAACUGACCCAUUUAAGAAGGACUUCUCAAAGAAAGAAGGGGAAGAGAAGAACAGUUCCAGUAAAACCUCUGGAGAAAAGCGCACUCCAACUGGAACCAAAACCUCCAGCAAGACUCAAGUUUCCUCUAAAAAGGAAGAGAAGAAACCUGAAAAACCCUCUGAGAAAGAUGGCAAAGAUGCCAAAAAGCCAGACUCCAAGAGCAACAAAUCUGACACAACGUUUAAUUCGGGAGCAGAAGCAUCUAAGAAAGACGAAAGGAAGCAUGGGCGAAAGACUCCAAGCAAGAUGAUCAUGAUUGACCAAUCUAAAAGAGAGCAGCCUUUUAAUAAAGCUCGACCUCCUUUCAGAAGGGGUGGAAGGUUUGAAAAGCCUGGUCCACUCAAUAUGAUGAACAGACGGCCUAGAUGGUUCAUACCACCUGAGGAGAUGGAGAUGAAGAAGGGCAGGCUCAUGCUCAACAAAGGGGGCAACAAGGACAUCCUUCCAUUUGAGAAAAUGAAGGAGCAGCGGAUGCGUGAGCGCAUGGUCAGAAUGGAGCGUGUUCGCAGGGCCAUGGAGCUGCGCAGACGGCGUGAGAUAGCUGAGAGGGAGCGUCGGGAAAGGGAGCGAAUCCGUAUCAUGCGCGAGCGGGAAGAGAGGGAUAACCUGAUGAGAGAGCGGCAAAGACUGGAAAUGGAGAGGCAGAAACUUGAGCGUGAGCGCAUGGAGAGAGAGAGAUUGGAGCGAGAGAGGAUUCGCAUCGAGCAGGAGCGGCGCAAGGAAGCAGAGCGUUUGAUUCGUGAACGCGAGGAACUGAGACGACAGCAGGAACAGCUGCGUUAUGAACAGGAGAAACGAAACAACUUAAAGAGGGGACGUGAUGUUGACCAGAGGAGGGAUGACCCCUACUGGAGUGGCGGUAAAAAGAUGCACACCGAGCCAGAGGGAAGGAUGAGUCAGGGUUCAGACUAUAACAACCGGCAGCAGAACCGCUUUAAUGACUUUCACCCUAGAGACCGGAAUCGAUACCCUCCCACAUCAACUGUGCAGUCCAACAACUUUGAUAGAAGAAACCGUUUUGACAAUGAAGCAGAUUCAAAAAAGAAUCGUCCCGCUCCACGUCGAGAAGGAUCCGGGUUUGAUCGUUAUCCUAAAAACUUUGAGCCUGUGAGGAGAGCGGAACCCCCACCACCUCCCCGCACAGAGCUGAGGGACAGUGACAGGCGAGAGAUUCGUGACCGUGAUGAGCGCAGGCAGGUAGCCAUGCCUGAUCGAGCAGCGGGAGGCAGAGCACCACCUCAAGCUAUGGCUCACUCCAGACCCCCCAGAGAUGGCAACCAUAGCUGGAAGAGCGAUGGGGGAUUGAACUCAAAACAAGAUGUCAGAGGAGCAGUGCGGCUGCGCCCAGAUCGUCCUGGCAGAGAAGGGCCCGGUCCUGCUAUGAGAGGGGCUUCUACAGCCAACCGAGGCAGGACCAGUUUCAACAGCCGAGAUGGAGGCCGGCCUGUUGUUAUGGGAGACCAGCAGCCUUUUGGCAGCGGCAGGCAGGUGGUGGUGGAAAGACACGGGCGUGAUCCAGGUCCCAGGAAAGACUGGCAUGGAGCAGCGGGGUCACAGAGUGGAGGAUUUCCCGAUAACCGCAGAAUAGGAGAGACUCGGCCGGGCAUGAUGGCACCACACUCAAACCAUCCUUCCACUGGAAUGAACAGAAUUGUGCAGAUCACUAAUGUUCCCAUGGCUGGUGGCAGUGGAGGAUUCAAACCCUUUAAAGGGCGCUUCUAGCAUUCAAUCAUUUUCAGCUUUGUUUUUAUAUAAUUUUGAACUUUGUUUUUAAUUGGCUGAACUACAGCCUUAAGAUAAUUAAAGGUCCAGUUUGGUUAAGUUUUCCAUUGUAAAGAGUUUUUGUUAGCCUACAUGUAGGUUUUAUUUCCUGAACUGUUUUUUGGUCACCUGUAAACAACCUUUGUGCACAUACAUGUUAUCCUGAAAUAGUGUAGGUUGUAUAGUGUACCUGUACAGCGUUUUUGCUUAAUGUUUAGAUAAUGUUAAAACCGUUCCAGUCACUCUUGUGCUUCGAGCAGACUACAUCGCGUGUGUGCGUGGAACUAGACAUGUCUGACUCCGUUAACAUUUCAAUUUGUGACUCUUUUUGAUGAUUCUACAAGUUGAUAUUAAAUUAUAUGGAUUACGA